AUGUCCACCGCGGCUGCUCUUCAGACCCGCUUGAAGGAGCUAUCCGCCACACUCGUCCAGAUCCAACCUCUCGUUGAUCGAUUGCGCAAUUUCACAGCCUCCAUCGGGCAAGGCGAUGAGGCGCGCUUGGAACUUGGCGCGGAGAUACACUCGCAGUUGAAAGAUGCCGAGAGCGAAUUGGAGCUGUUGCGCGGGGAUAUCGAGGCACUAGAUACCGGCUCAGAGGGGAGGAGGAAAUCAACAGUGAAUGGCGGGGAGAAGGAGGCCGAGAAGGAGCGGGUGGUUGCGAUGGCAGGGCGACUGGCGGACGAUUUGAAGAGAACUCGGGGAGAUUUUCGCAAUGCUCAAUUACAAGCUAAGCGGAAUGCUGAGCUUGCGAAGCGUAAGGAGCGCGAGUUAUUGUUAUCGAGGUCGCAAUCUGCAUCUGAGAAGCGGAGUCCAUCUGAAAAGUUCACGCAGGAGGAUCUGGUGUUGAAUGCUUCUAAUGAUGUAACUGCUGCCCUGCGCAGAACACACCAUCUGAUGCAGGCUGAGCUGUCUCGUAGCCAGUUCGCUCAAGAGACCCUCGAACAAUCAACGGCCGCCAUAUCCUCCUUGUCGGAGUCCUAUAGCAACCUCGACACCCUCCUCGCCAACUCUCGCAGCCUCGCCAGUUCCCUCCUCCGCUCUCAAAAAUCCGAUACCUGGUAUCUCGAGACCGCAUUCUAUAUCCUCGUUGGAACGAUCUCAUGGCUGGUCUUCCGCCGCGUUCUCUACGGUCCCAUGUGGUGGCUAGUUUGGCUGCCGGUCAAGUUCGCCAUGCGAUUUGUUUUCGCCAUCCCGGGCGCUGUUGGAAUCUCAAAGGGGUCAAAUGAACUCGCAGCUAGCUCAGUUGCUAGCGAUAUAUCUGCGACUAUUCAACAUGCUGCUGCUGCGGUUACAGGGGCAACUGUAUCGAGCGGUGCUGGUGCAGGGGAUCAUGAGAAGCCCACUGAAGCCGAGAAAGAUCGUAUUAUUGAUAAGAUCGGGCGCAUGGUCGAGGAUGGGAAGUGGGACGGAACUAAUAUCGACGAUAUCUCGCCCGAAGAGAUGGAGAGACAGGAUGAGAUACCUCGCAACACGAAGAAGCGCAUGUACGAGGAGCAAGUAGUGCGGGAUGAGCUGUAG